CUCACGGACUCCUGCUUACCCCGAAACGCCCGGAGCCCGAGGACUCACUCCGCGACAGAGACCGCGGGCCCGGGCGCGGGGGAGGCCGCCGAUCCAGUCGGCUCCCUCCGCCCCGCGAAGCCUGAACGCCUGCCGGUGAGUCAGAAAGGGUCCCAGGAAACCUGUGAAUGUUGAAGAAAAUUCGUCUGUGAAUUUGUGGUAUUCAAACAGGAGUCAGUAUUUAUAUUCAUCUUUUAAACUGGGAAGAUUUAUAUUUUAUUUUAAACCUUCUUGAUAUUUACAAUGAAUGGACACAGUGAUGAAGAAAGUGUUAGAAACAGUAGUGGAGAAUCAAGCCAGUCAGAUGAUGAUUCUGGGUCAGCUUCAGGUUCUGGAUCUGGUUCGAGUUCUGGAAGCAGCAGUGAUGGAAGCAGUAGCCAAUCAGGUAGCAGUGACUCUGACUCUGGAUCCGAAUCAGGCAGUCAGUCAGAGUCUGAGUCGGACAAUUCCCGAGAAAAUAAAGUUCAAGCAAAACCACCAAAAGUUGAUGGAGCUGAGUUCUGGAAAUCUAGCCCUAGUAUUCUGGCUGUUCAGAGGUCUGCAAUGCUCAAGAAGCAGCAGCAGCAGCAGCAUCAAGCUUCAUCUAAUAGUGGAUCAGAAGAGGAUUCCUCCAGCAGUGAAGAUUCUGAUGACUCAUCAAGUGAGGUCAAAAGGAAAAAGCAUAAAGAUGAAGAUUGGCAGAUGUCUGGGUCGGGAUCUCCAUCUCAGUCUGGUUCAGAUUCAGAAUCUGAGGAAGAAAGAGAGAAAAGUAGUUGUGAUGAAACAGAAUCUGACUAUGAGCCAAAAAACAAAAGUAGAAAACCUCAGAAUAGAUCAAAGUCAAAAAAUGGAAAAAAGAUUAUUGGACAAAAAAAGAGGCAGAUUGAUUCAUCUGAGGAGGAGGAGGAGGAUGAAGAUUAUGAUAAUGAUAAAAGAAGUUCUCGUCGCCAAGCAACUGUCAAUGUUAGUUAUAAGGAAGAUGAAGAAAUGAAAACAGAUUCUGAUGACCUAUUAGAAGUCUGUGGAGAGGAUGUUCCUCAACCUGAGGAAGAGGAAUUUGAAACAAUAGAACGGUUUAUGGAUUGUCGGAUUGGGAGAAAAGGAGCUACUGGUGCUACUACAACCAUCUAUGCAGUUGAAGCAGACGGUGACCCGAAUGCAGGAUUUGAAAAAAACAAGGAACCAGGAGAGAUCCAGUAUUUAAUUAAAUGGAAAGGAUGGUCACAUAUCCACAAUACUUGGGAGACAGAAGAAACCCUAAAGCAGCAGAAUGUUAGAGGAAUGAAAAAAUUAGAUAAUUAUAAGAAAAAAGAUCAGGAAACAAAAAGAUGGUUGAAAAAUGCUUCUCCAGAAGAUGUGGAAUAUUAUAAUUGCCAGCAAGAACUUACAGAUGAUCUCCACAAGCAGUAUCAAAUAGUGGAGCGAAUAAUUGCUCAUUCCAAUCAAAAGUCAGCUGCUGGCUAUCCUGAUUAUUACUGCAAAUGGCAGGGCCUUCCAUACUCAGAAUGCAGCUGGGAAGAUGGAGCUCUCAUUUCAAAAAAGUUCCAAGCAUGCAUAGAUGAGUAUUUUAGCAGGAAUCAAUCAAAAACCACUCCUUUUAAAGAUUGCAAAGUAUUAAAACAAAGGCCAAGAUUUGUAGCCCUAAAGAAGCAGCCAUCCUAUAUUGGAGGACAUGAGGGUUUAGAAUUAAGAGAUUAUCAACUGAAUGGUUUAAAUUGGCUUGCUCAUUCUUGGUGCAAAGGAAAUAGUUGCAUACUUGCUGAUGAGAUGGGCCUUGGAAAAACAAUACAGACUAUCUCAUUUUUAAAUUAUUUGUUUCAUGAACACCAAUUAUAUGGACCUUUUCUAUUAGUAGUACCACUCUCUACUCUCACUUCCUGGCAAAGGGAGAUUCAGACAUGGGCUUCUCAAAUGAAUGCUGUGGUUUAUUUAGGUGACAUCAACAGCAGAAACAUGAUAAGAACUCAUGAAUGGAUGCAUCCCCAGACUAAACGGUUAAAAUUUAAUAUCCUGUUAACAACUUACGAAAUCUUACUGAAGGAUAAGGCAUUCCUUGGAGGUCUGAAUUGGGCAUUUAUAGGCGUAGAUGAAGCACAUCGAUUAAAGAAUGAUGACUCUCUUCUGUACAAAACUUUAAUAGAUUUUAAGUCCAAUCACCGUCUCCUUAUCACUGGAACUCCUCUACAAAACUCCCUCAAAGAGCUCUGGUCUUUGCUACAUUUCAUUAUGCCAGAAAAGUUUUCUUCCUGGGAAGAUUUUGAAGAAGAACAUGGCAAAGGCAGAGAAUAUGGUUAUGCAAGCCUCCACAAGGAGCUUGAGCCGUUUCUGUUACGCAGGGUUAAGAAAGAUGUGGAAAAAUCUCUUCCUGCCAAGGUUGAACAGAUUUUAAGAAUGGAAAUGAGUGCUUUACAGAAACAAUAUUACAAAUGGAUAUUAACUAGGAAUUACAAAGCCCUCAGCAAAGGUUCCAAGGGCAGUACCUCAGGCUUUUUGAAUAUUAUGAUGGAGCUAAAGAAAUGUUGUAACCAUUGCUACCUCAUUAAACCACCAGAUAAUAAUGAAUUCUAUAAUAAACAGGAGGCCUUACAACACUUAAUCCGUAGUAGCGGAAAAUUAAUUCUUCUUGACAAACUGUUAAUUCGCCUAAGAGAGCGAGGCAAUAGAGUUCUUAUUUUUUCUCAAAUGGUGCGGAUGUUAGAUAUACUUGCAGAAUAUUUGAAAUAUCGUCAGUUCCCCUUUCAACGAUUAGAUGGAUCAAUAAAAGGGGAGCUGAGGAAACAAGCCCUAGAUCAUUUUAAUGCUGAAGGAUCAGAGGAUUUCUGCUUUUUGCUUUCCACAAGAGCUGGAGGUUUAGGAAUUAACUUAGCCUCAGCUGACACUGUUGUUAUAUUUGAUUCUGAUUGGAAUCCACAGAAUGAUCUUCAGGCACAGGCUAGAGCUCAUCGAAUUGGGCAAAAGAAGCAGGUGAACAUUUAUCGUCUGGUUACAAAGGGAUCAGUUGAAGAGGAUAUUCUUGAAAGGGCCAAAAAGAAGAUGGUUUUAGAUCAUCUUGUGAUUCAAAGAAUGGACACCACUGGGAAGACAGUACUACACACAGGUUCUGCUCCCUCAAGUUCUACUCCUUUCAAUAAAGAAGAGUUAUCAGCCAUUUUAAAGUUUGGUGCUGAGGAACUUUUUAAGGAGCCUGAAGGAGAAGAACAAGAGCCCCAGGAAAUGGAUAUAGAUGAAAUUUUGAAGAGGGCUGAAACCCAUGAAAAUGAACCAGGCCCUUUAACCGUUGGAGACGAAUUACUUUCUCAGUUCAAGGUUGCCAACUUUUCAAAUAUGGAUGAGGAUGACAUUGAGUUGGAACCUGAAAGAAAUUCAAAGAAUUGGGAAGAAAUCAUUCCUGAAGAUCAAAGAAGACGAUUAGAAGAAGAAGAAAGACAAAAGGAACUUGAAGAAAUCUAUAUGCUCCCAAGAAUGAGAAAUUGUGCAAAACAGAUUAGCUUCAACGGAAGUGAAGGGAGGCGCAGCAGAAAUAGGAGAUACUCUGGAUCUGAUAGUGAUUCGAUCUCAGAAAGGAAAAGGCCAAAGAAACGUGGAAGACCACGAACUAUCCCUCGGGAAAAUAUUAAAGGAUUUAGUGAUGCAGAAAUUCGGCGGUUUAUCAAGAGUUAUAAGAAAUUUGGUGGCCCUCUGGAAAGAUUAGAUGCAAUUGCUCGAGAUGCUGAAUUAGUUGAUAAGUCAGAGACAGAUCUCAGACGACUAGGAGAAUUGGUACAUAAUGGUUGCAUUAAAGCUUUAAAGGACAAUUCUUCAGGAACAGAACGAACAGGUGGCAGACUUGGAAAAGUUAAGGGUCCAACAUUCCGAAUAUCAGGCGUACAGGUGAAUGCCAAGCUAGUCAUCUCCCAUGAAGAAGAAUUAAUACCAUUGCACAAAUCCAUUCCUUCAGAUCCAGAAGAAAGAAAACAGUAUACCAUCCCAUGCCACACAAAGGCAGCUCAUUUUGAUAUAGACUGGGGCAAAGAAGAUGAUUCCAAUUUGUUAAUUGGUAUCUACGAAUAUGGCUAUGGAAGCUGGGAAAUGAUAAAAAUGGAUCCUGACCUCAGUCUAACACACAAGAUUCUUCCAGAUGAUCCUGAUAAAAAACCACAAGCAAAACAGUUACAGACACGUGCAGACUACCUCAUCAAAUUACUUAGUAAAGAUCUUGCAAGAAAAGAAGCUCAGAGACUUUCUGGUGCAGGAGGUUCAAAGAGGCGAAAAGCAAGAGCUAAGAAGAAUAAAGCAAUGAAGUCUAUAAAAGUAAAAGAGGAAAUAAAAAGUGAUUCUUCUCCCUUGCCCUCAGAAAAGUCUGACGAAGAUGAUGAUAAGGAUGAGAUCACUUCUGUGAAACAUCCAAAUAAAAAAAUUAAAACAGAAAGAGACAGUGAAGAGAAACCUGAGCCAGAUGUUUGUAUAAAGAAGGAACCAGAAGAAAAGAGGGAAGCAAAAGAAAAGGAAAAUAAAAGAGAACUUAAAAGGGAGAUAAAAGAAAAAGAGGAUAAGAAAGAUAUAAAGGAAAAAGAUUUUAAAGAGAAAAGAGAAAACAAAGUAAAAGAAGCUAUACAAAAAGAAAAAGACAUAAAGGAAGAAAAGUUGAACGAAUCUAAAUCUGAGAGCAAGGAAAGGUCUAAGAAAUCUUCAUUGUCAGAUGCUCCAGUUCAUAUCACUGCAAGUGGUGAACCGGUUCCCAUAUCUGAAGAAUCUGAAGAGCUGGAUCAGAAAACAUUCAGCAUUUGUAAAGAAAGAAUGAGACCUGUCAAAGCAGCUUUGAAGCAACUUGAUAGGCCUGAGAAAGGCCUUUCAGAAAGAGAACAACUGGAACAUACUAGACAGUGCUUAAUAAAAAUUGGAGACCAUAUCACUGAAUGUCUGAAAGAGUAUACAAAUCCUGAACAGAUCAAGCAGUGGAGGAAAAACCUGUGGAUUUUUGUAUCGAAGUUUACUGAGUUUGAUGCAAGAAAAUUACAUAAAUUAUAUAAGCAUGCUAUUAAAAAACGGCAGGAAUCUCAGCAAAAUAAUGACCAGAACAGCAACUUGAAUACUCAAGUCAUUAGAAAUCCAGAUGUGGAAAGAUUAAAAGACAAUACAAAUCAUGAUGAUAGCAGCAGGGACAGUUAUUCAUCCGAUCGACACUUAUCUCAGUAUCAUGAUCACCAUAAAGACCGACAUCAGGGAGAUUCUUAUAAAAAGAGUGACUCUAGGAAAAGACCCUAUUCUUCCUUUAGUAAUGGUAAAGAUCAUCGUGAUUGGGAUCACUACAAGCAAGACAGCAGAUAUUACAGUGAUAGAGAGAAACACAGAAAACUGGAUGAUCACAGGAGUAGAGACCACAGGUCCAGUUUGGAAGGAAGUUUAAAAGACAGAACUCAUUCUGAUCAUCGUUCUCAUUCAGAUCAUCGGUUACAUUCAGACCAUCGGUCAAGUUCUGAAUAUACACACCAUAAAUCUUCCAGGGAUUAUAGGUAUCAUUCAGAUUGGCAAAUGGACCACAGAGCUUCCAGUAGUGGCCCUAGAUCACCACUAGAUCAGAGGUCUCCUUAUGGCUCCAGAUCUCCCUUUGAACACUCAAUUGAACACAAAAAUACACCUGAGCAUACCUGGAGUAGUCGGAAAACAUAACAAAAACUGAUACUGUCUUUCUGGAUUUUUCUUUUAGCCAUAUAUCAUAAACCAACACAGUAAUUGCCUUACAUGACUUGAAAGAUAUAAACAGAUCUUCUAUCAGUAGCAGUAUUGUUACUUCUUUCCAGGAUGCAAGGUCUAUUAUCCAAACAGAAGAGAAAAUAUUUUUAUAUUUAAGGAUUAUGCUGCACUGUACUACAAAUAUUGUAGUACUUUUUUUUUUCUUUUUUAAAGAAAUGGAAAAUGUUUACUAUUACAGGGACCUCAACACUGCCCUUCCAUAUAGGCUGGAUAAAAACUGUUUUUAAGUCAGUGAUUUUAGACUGACCUCCAUUUAAAUUAUGUUUGUAUAUGAACUUUACUCUGACCUGUGAUCAUGUUUCAGGAAGGAAUGAAAGAGAGUCUUUUCUUAAUAAAGAAAACACACUCAAGGACUUUGUUCACUUUCCAAAGCUACUUGUUUACAUUGUACACUGCGACCACCUUGCCGCUUUUCAUCACAAGCUUGAAUAUUUAAAUUCUGUACUUAUUAUAUCUGUAAAAUAGCCAGGAAUUUCCUGUUUGUGAUUAUUAUGCCUUUUUACACACACAAACAAUGGCUGUAAAUUAUUGUAAAUGGAUUAAAUGAGCUUUCCUUAUUUCCUUCCCCUUCUCAGGCUUUUUUUGACUGUUCCUUUCCCUACCAACUCAGGCCUUCUUAUCAUUUAAAAAAUAUAUAUCAGUGUAAUAACACUUUUUAAUGAUUUGUCUUGAUGGAAUCAUUAUUUAGAAUGUAAAAAAUGGGGAAAGGGGCCACUUAAUUCCAUUAGUCCUUUUUAUAUUGACUUUUAUUAGAUACAUGUUAUUUCUUUCCUUUUUCUCCCUUUUUUAAGUCAAAAUAUUGUGUAUGUAGUGACAAAAUGGUGAGAUAUGUAAAAAUCUAAACUGCAUGCUCUGGAAACCUUUUCAGAUGCAUUUGGUUUAAAAGGGUAGGUGUAUGAACACUUUCAGAAUCCAAACGGCCAAAAGUUAUUGUAAAUCCAUUUGUUUUCCUUUUCAUGUGGGCAAUAAUGUCAAAUGUGCUAUGCAGCCAGGUAACAUUUUAGAUAAACUUGAUUGACUUUUAAUAAAAACUGUUACAGUGCACACUGAUUGUAUAUAAAAACCUUAUAUAUGACAAAUUAAAUUUAAGAAAAAGGA